AUGAGUACCAGAGGUACUCGUGGAAGAGGCCGCGGUAGAGGCCCUGGAAGUGCUCGGGCUGGGUCUUGGUCAGUUGGACACCAACAUAAUGAGGAAGCUAGAGAGGCACCAGCUUCACCUAUGGCUAAGAUAGGGUCUCAAAAUCGAGUGGUUAGGGACGAAGUACUCUCGCAAGCAAUGUUGAGGAUUUUAGAAAGGGUCGCUGGGCCUAGUACUGGUACUGUGGACCGUGGGUCAGUUACGGAACGACUCAGGUCUACUAGGGCUAAGAUAUUCAGAGGUAUUGCUGGAGUGGCCCCUAAUGUAGCUGAAUAUUGGCUCGAGGCCACGGAGAGGAUCAUGGAUGACCUCAACUGCACCCCCGAACAGAAACUAAAGGGUGCAGUAUCACUGUUCAGAGAUGAGGCCUACCAGUGGUGGCUUACUGUAAAAAAGGGCACUCAAGCCGAUCGAUUGACCUGGGAGUUUUUCAAAACUACUUUCCAGGCUAAGUGUGUGGGUACCAGUUAUAUGGAUGCCCGUAGGAAGGAACUUCUGAAUUUAACUCAGGGAGAUAGGACAGUGGCUGAAUAUGAGGCUGAAUUUUUACGAAUAGCCGCUAUGCACGAUUUUGCAGCACUGGUUGACAAGGCAAAAAUCCCUGAGAAAGUGAAGCGCACUAAGUGCCAGAACAGAAAGAAAGGCAGAGGUAAGAGGGAUGCUGAGCCCUCAAAUUCAUUUCGGAGGCCUAAGAAAAAGGCCAAAGCUGAUGGGCCAAUCAGAAUUGGGGCCCCUGCUACUGCUACUGGACCACAGUUUUGUGUUGACUGUGGGAGAUGGCAUCAAAGCGAGUACUAA